AUGGAAAUCAAUAAUUUGUGAGUUUAGAUUGAGUAUAUUUCAAUAAUAUAAUAAUUUCGAAUUUUUCAGGCCAACUAUUGACACAAUUAUUGCUCAAAACGAAAACAAUAUGAUUGGAAAUUUUCAAAACAGAAUUGCGAGCCUUCAACGUCCAACAAGUUUGUCCAGGGUAAGUAAUAAACUUUCUAGAAGCUUGAGCCUAUUGUUAUUUUUGCUGAUAAUCAAAUAUUCGAAUUUUCAGAUUUUCGCAUUGCAAGCUGCAAUAGAAUUAUUGGGAUAUGAGGUGGCCAAUGUUCGAAUGUCGAGUGAUUUGGAGAAAAAGCGAAUUGAUUUGCAAUUGGCAAAAAGUAGGUUGAAUUUGAAGUUACAUAAAAAUACAAUGUUUUUUGCAGUUUUUCAAUGCCUCGUUUUAUUGGAUAUUCACCCAUUCGAAGCUUGGAGACGUGUUGAUGGAUCUUUGCAUCCGAUUCGAUAUCAUUUCGGAAAUCAAUCGUAA